CUGGAGACGCCUUGUCUGUAAUUUUCUGUACAAAACAGUCUGCCAAUUUUUGCGGAGGAGGGACAUGUCAAACAUAAUAUGGCUAUUUGUACGUCUGUCAGAUAAACGUCAGUCCUUACAACACAUGACCAUUGGCCGAGGUUUUAGACAGAGGGUAAGCUCGUAAAGGCGACUCCGUUUGCUAAAUCCUCCGAGGGAGCAUGUUUUCGUGCUAGUAACUAGCAUGUGUAAUGUAACAGAACCUUUAUAUUUUUUGGAUAUAAUAAAAGUACCUGCCUUGAUAAACCUUUUUGAUAAAAGAAAAGAUUCAUUAAAUUACAAGAACUAGAAGAAACAAUACAUUUAAUCUAUGUAACUGUGACAUUACCUGACAGAAAACAUUGUCAAAAGCUCACUAUUCUUCAAUACAACACCAAAAUGCAAAGAUUACUUCGCCGCCAUUUCAUACCCACGCUUUCUUUUACUCGCAAAUACCGAUAUCCAACUACCUUCCUUCAAUUCCUACGGAACGAACCUCAGCCCGAACAUACGCAACUUCUUAAUGGUGUCAAUGUUGUGACAUUGCAGAAAGAGGGAUGCAAGGCCUGUGUAGGUAUAUUUGCGGACAUUGGAUCGCGGUACGAGUUGGAAUUCGAAAAUGGCAUCGCACACCUGUUCGAGCAUAUCGUUUUUAAGACUACUAAGUGUACGUCGAAGACGGAUAUGAGGAAGAAGAUUAAUGCUUUAGGUAUCAAAUUACACGCGUUCACCACUAGAGAGCUGGUGGGCUACUACGCCUACUGCCUGCCCGAGAACGUAAAUGACGCCAUCACCAUUUUGUCCGAGUGCGUCAUGAACAACGCCCUCGCCUGCGACGACAUCUGCAGCGAGAAACUCAUCAUCUACGAGGAAAUCAUCCAGCAAGACACAGACCCUAAACAUUUAGUCUUCGACUAUCUACAUUCCAGCGCUUUCCAAGGCACCAGUCUAGCAAACACUGUGCUAGGCACAACAAGCAAUCUUUACAAAAUAGAUCAGGCCCUAACACACCAGUAUUUGCAGAGAAUAAUGCAUCCGUGUAGAUUCUGCUUAUGUGCUGUAGGCGCUGUGUGUCAUGAGCCGAUAGUCGAGCUGGCGAGCAAGGUUUUAUGUUGGACCGUACCAAGUCCAUGUAAGGAAACACUGUACAGAUAUACCGGGUCGGAUGUACGCUACAGAAACGACGCAUUAGCAAGAGCGUACGUAGCUUACGCCUUAGAAGGUCCAGCGUUUAGUAACAUAGAUAUGGUGUUCAUGGACUUGGCUGCGGCUUUGAUAGGUGGCUGGGAUAGAACGCAAAUCGGAGAUAGAAAUCAUGGGGUGGCAGUCGCUAGAAGAGCUUCGCUCGGUGAUUUCUGCGAUUCUUAUAAAUCGUUCAACAUAAAGUAUAAGGACACUUCGCUUUGGGGCGUUCAGUUUAUAUCCCCCUCGUUGCAACUGGAAGACAUGCUUUACACCCUUCAGGACUCCUUGCUUGGUAUGUGCACGAUAGUUACUGAAGGCGAAGUAGAGAGAGCUAAAGAGCAAUUGAAGAGCAAGUUACUUUACGAGACGGCCACUUGUUAUGGCGCAGCGAAAGACUUAGCGACUCAUAUGUUGUACAACUGUUGUCACUGGCCAUCGAUACCAGACAGGUUGGAAUUUAUAGAUAAGAUAUCAUUGGAGGACUUUAAGAGUACGCUGUAUGACUACAUUUACAAUAAAUGUCCGGUCAUCUCGGCAGUGGGUGCCACAGAGGGUUUGCCAGAUUAUACCAGGAUUAGGGGUAGCCAAUAUUGGCUUAGACUUUAACAUUAACUAUCAUUCUGCCUUUUACUCUUUAACGAAUCAUCUUGGUACGCUUAUCAAUUGUUUUGGUGAGUGACCAUAGAGAAGAAUAUGCGGAACGAAAUUAUUCUAUGACAUCGGCAUUUGAACCAUGUAAAGUCACUUGUUGGCUAAAAUGUUUAAUAACGCGUAUUGGUUUGGUAAUGUUCCAAACGUGUUAAAGAUUACGAAUGUGCCCAGCAGGUAAAUACGUUGCCUAUCUUUAUUGUUAUAUGAUUUUUAACAAUUCUUAAAUAAUAAUUAAAAUUACUAAAAUAUUCAAUAG